AUGGAAACGCAACUAAACUUAACUAAGACUGAACGCCUUACUUUGUGGAAUCAAAAGAGGUUUGAGGCGUUUUUGCCAACUACUAUUUUCUUGAAUUUCUGCGCAGUAGUAGGACUUUUCGGCAACGGAGUAGUCAUAUAUAUUUACGGACUGCGACUUCAUGCAAAAAAUGCUGGUCGUUAUUUCAUCCCAUAUUUAGCCGUCGCUGAUCUUCUAGCUUUAGUUAUAUCAGCAGAACUCCAUACGGUCUCAAAUUCUACUCCGGUCACUUACACAUUCGAAACAUUUUGUAAAUGGAAUUUUGUGGCUGCAUUGUUUGUCACUGUAUUUUCAAUUAGUAUUCUGCUGAUAAUCGCCGUUCAGCGCUAUCUGAAAGUUUGCAAACCGUUUGGAGGACAAAUGACGUUGUUUUGGAGGAGAUUUUCACUGUGCCUUACUUUUAUUCUAACUGCCGGUCUUGUUGUUCCAACGUAUUUUACUUUUGGACUAGAGAAUGUGUACAACAAAGAACUGAACGUAACCGGAACUGCUUGUCGAAGACUGACCUCCACUACGCAAACUCUGUCUCUGAUUCACAGCGCCACCUGUACGCUUCUAAUACUGAUUGGUGGAAUAAUACUCAUUGUGCUGUAUACGAUGGUUGCAAAGGUUAUUUAUCGACAAAACAAACAAAAUUUGGGAGAUGCUAACAAGAAGAAGACAAAUAUAUCCAGGAUGUUUAUUAUCAUAACAAUAAUAUUUUUUGUAUCUUUUUUACCCAGAAUGAUUACAAACAUUUUGGAGGGUAUAAUCGUUGGUAUGUGGGAAGCCCGGACUAUAGAAGAGUACGCUAUUGUAAGAUUUUUUGAGUUGAUGUACGUUGUCAACCAUAUGGCCAAUCCACUUGUCUAUGCUUUUUUGGAUAAAAAAUUUGUGACCGAGUUUAAAAAAGUGUUUUGUUGCAAGACUGUGGAUUCGUUUCAAAAGGAAUUUUCUUCGGGUACAAAAGCAAAUGUUUCUAAUAUGAUGACGUUGGAAAUGGAAUAAAAACCCCGACUGGUUUAUAUUUGAUGAACGGAAUCAGAAACGAAGAGAACUCUUAAG